AUGAAGUUUCCAGAUUUAUCUAUGUCAAAUCCAGUUCGACUUCGUGAAUUAAUAAGACAAAUACGAUCAGCUAAAACAGCAGCUGAAGAACGUGCCGUUGUACAAAAAGAAUCCGCAUACAUACGAGAUGCAUUCCGUGAUGAAGAUAAUACAUGGAGAUGUCGAAAUGUGGCAAAACUACUUUAUAUUUCAUUACUUGGUUAUCCAGCACAUUUUGGACAACUUGAAUGUUUGAAACUAAUUGCAUCAACACGUUUUACAGAUAAACGUAUUGGUUAUCUGGGAGCCAUGUUAUUACUUGAUGAACGACAAGAUAUUCAUGUACUCAUUACAAAUUCACUAAAAAAUGAUCUGAAUAAUUCAAAUGAAUAUGUAGCCGGUUUAGCAUUAUGUGCAUUGGGUACGAUUUGUUCACCUGAAAUGAGUCGUGAUUUAGGUGGUGAAGUUGAACGAUUAAUGAAAUCAUCAAAUGUUUAUUUAAAAAAAAAAGCUAUUCUAUGUGCUGUUCGUAUAAUACGAAAAGUGCCUGAACAAUUUGAUGUUUUUCAAAAUUCUGUUCGAAGUUUACUAAGUGAAAAACAUCAUGGUGUUCUUCUGACUGCUACAACUCUUAUUACUGAAAUGUGCCAACAGAAUACUCAAGCUUUACAAGUCUUUCGCAAUUUAGUACCUAAUCUUGUGCGUAUUCUCAAAAAUUUAAUUAUGGCUGGAUGUAGUCCAGAUCAUGAUGUAUCAGGAAUUAGUGAUCCAUUUUUACAAGUUCAUCUUUUACGUUUAUUACGUGUAUUAAGUCGAAAUGAUAAUGAAGCCAGUGAUAGCAUGAAUGAUAUUCUUGCUCAAGUAUCAACGAAUACAGAAAAUAGCAAAAAUGUUGGAAAUGCUAUUUUAUAUGAAACUGUUCUGACAAUUAUGGAUAUCAAUUCUGAAUCUGGAUUACGAGUUUUAGCUGUGAAUAUUUUGGGUCGAUUUUUAUUAAAUACUGAUAAAAAUAUUCGUUAUGUUGCAUUAAAUACAUUACUACGUGUUGUACAUGCUGAUCAAAAUGCUGUACAAAGACAUCGAGCAACAAUUGUUGAAUGUCUUAAAGAUGCUGAUGUAUCAAUUAAACGACGUGCAAUGGAAUUAUGUUUUGCAUUGAUGAAUAAAAACAAUAUACGAACAAUGACAGAUGAAAUGUUAGAUUUUCUUGGAACAUGUGAAUUAGAAUUUAAAUCUGAUUGUACAUCAAAUAUGUUUUUGGCAAUGGAUCGUUUUUCACCGACAAAACAAUGGCAUGUUGAUCAAAUGAUUAAAGUUCUUACCACUGCUGGAAAUAGUGUUCGUGAUGAUAUUGUAUCGAGUUUGAUUGGUAUUAUUUCGUCAACACCUGAUCUAUAUGGCUAUGCUGCUCAUCAAUUAUAUAAAAAAAUGCAAAAUGAUAUAACUCAACAACCACUUGUUCAAGUCGCAUCAUGGACAUUAGGUGAAUUUGGUGAUUUAUUGGUCAAUCAACAACCGCAAAAUGAAGAAAAUCUUCGAGUUGUCGAAAUUGAAAUAAUUGAUAUAUUAGAACGAAUAUUAAAUUCAUCAUUAAGUACAGUUAUAACACGUGAAUAUGCUAUUAAUGCAUUAAUGAAAUUAAGUACUCGUUUUCCAAAUUGUUCCGAUCGCAUACAAUCUGUGAUGACAUAUUAUGCAUGUAAUAUGAAUUUAGAAUUACAAACACGUGCAGUGGAAUAUACAUCACUUUUUACUAAACAUAAUAUCAUAAGAUCAAGUAUUGUUGAACGUAUGCCAGUUUUAAUUAGUAAUCAAACAUCAAACACAAAUAGUAGUGAACCAGAAGAAUCAAUCAUUAAUUCGAAAGAAAACUCACCUGUGAAUGGAAAACACGAGCAUGUUCCAUCUGAUGAACCUAUUAAUCUGGUAAACAUACUUAAUGAUCCCAUUCAAACAACGAGUGGUACGUUAAACCCAAACCAUUCAUCAUCAUUAUUCAAUCCACUUGAAGAUUCACUUUUUGAUUUUGAUACACCAACAAAUCCUACAACUAAAAGUAUUCCAUCAAUGACAGCAAUCGAUAAAAAUGGUAUACGUAUGAUAUUUACAUUUGAACGAGAUAAUACAACAUUAACCAUUAAUUCUAAAAUAACAAAUUCUACACAAUAUUCAAUAACAAAUUUUAUAUUUAAAGCAGCCGUACCUAAAACAUUCAAUAUUGAUUUAUAUCCGGCAAGUAGUACAACAAUACCAGCAAAUAAUUCAGGAGAUAUUCAACAAAUAAUAAAGAUUACAAAUCCAAAUAGAGAAAAAAUUCGUAUGCGAAUUAAACUUAAUUAUCAAGUUAAUAAUACAAACAUGAGUGAUGAAGCUGAAUUAAAUACAUUUCCUGAACAGUGCUACAAUUGA